AACCCGGAAGUAGACUCUCGUGCUGCUGUAGCGGUUCAGGGAAAAUAUUUAUGAUAUUGUUUUCAGUAAUAAUAAGACAGUAGCUGUGAGUGUUAUUAAUCUCUCAUCGGGGGAAGGUUGGGGUGUAUGAGAGGCUGAAUAAUCGAAGAGGACGAUGCUGUCGGAGGACACGGCGAGCGGCGUUUCUUUCCACAGUCGGCUGGCCUCGGUCAUGGCUGUGGUGGCUCAGUCUGCUGUGGCUGAAAUCAGCAAGCUGUACGAUGACGGGCUGCUGGUGCUGCGCCUGGAGGUCUGCCGCAAAGACUCGGAAAUCGAGACGCUCAAGACAAAACUGGAGACGGCUGAAAACGAGCUGCGGCUUCUGAAAGAGUCUCAGCGCUCAGAGACCCGCAGCAGCACAACCACCACCACCGACCGCCUCCGCGCGGCUCCCUGCGCGCACACACCAGGUAUGCGUGUAUACACACGCACACACACGCCAGCCGACCUUAAAGAAUGCACAGAGAGGACAAAUCAGCAGCUUUCUUGGACACAUAAACCUGCUACUGAUGUGUGUAAUGGAAAGCAAAACGAUCACGUAGCAGAAAUUAAUUACAAAUCCUCCGAAGAAACAAAUUCUCAGGACAUUCUCACAAAGGAAACGGCGCCCACCCCUACAGAGCCACAAACUUCCAGAGAGGAUUUCGACCAGCCGGCAUUCUGUGAGGAAGAGAGUGGACCAGUAUUCCAGAAAAAGACAGAACAGGAGAUACAGCCAGUUACUUUAGACGAGAGCAACGCAGAGUGUGUUGUGAUUGAGGACAGAGAAACGCAGCUGUGGUCCGCCAUGGAGAACAGCAUGGAACAUGCAGAGGACCCUGACUGCUCUAUUGUAACCGAGCAAGACGGACAUCCACUGAUCUCCUCUGUGUGGAGCGUGAGUUCUAGUACGUCAAGUCCUGUGGGCGAUAUGACUAUGAUAAACAGACUCAGUGUAGAAGAAAUAAGACCGCAACAGCAUAGGAGUGAAAGAGGAUCAAGAGAACCAAACCCAUCGCGACAGGUACAACACAGAGCAAACACAGCGGUUGAACCGAGGCUUUUAUUUCCUUCCAGAACUCAUGAACGUGUCACGCUUUUAAGCAGUAGCAUGAGCCAGAAUCGGAACCAAAGACCUUUCACAGUAAACGACAUCCCUAUAGCCAGGUUACCUCAGAAGAGAAAGCCAGUGAGAGAGAAAUGGUUCAUGUGUUCGUUCUGUGGGAAAAGCUUUGACCGCAUCAGCCAUCUUCAGAUGCACCACAGAAUUCACACAGGAGAGAAACCGUUCCACUGCGGCAUGUGCGGGAAGAGUUUCUCUCAGCAAAGCAACUUACGUACACACCAGAGAACACACAAAGAUCUCAGGACACAAAGUAAAACGUUUUGAAAAAUAUAAGACAGCUAGAACAUUUGUGAGUCAUUUUUAUUUUCUAAUGGUUAGCAACACUGAACCAUCUCAGUUGUCAUUUUAUUUUUUACAAUAAACAAAAAGUUGUUGA